AAACUCUAAUAUUCUCAUAAUUCAUCCUCGAAGAAUUCUCUAAUUUCUUCAAAUGGGUGAGGAAAAGGAAAAAAUCAAAGUUGAGAAGAAGAAGAAUGAAGCCGGAAAGAAGUCGGCCGGCGGUGGGAAAAACGACGCCGGCGUCGGGAUCGCUACUAUUCUGUUAAAAUUAGAUUUGCAUUGUGAAGGUUGUGCUCAAAAAGUUAGACGUUCCGUUCGUCACUUUGAAGGUGUGGAAGACGUGAAGGCGGAUGCCAGUAGUGGAAAAUUGACGGUGAAAGGGAAUGUGGAUCCCUUAUGGCUCCGGGAGAAGGUGGAAAGCAAGACUAAGAAGAAGGUGGCGCUCCUCUCUGCUCAGCCCAAAAAGGUUGCCGUCGGCGGCACCACCGGUGCCGGAGGAGAGAAGAAAUCCGAUGAGAAGGUUGAGAACAAGGCAGUAGAGGAGAAGAAAAAAUCCGAUGAGAAGGUUGAGAAUAAGGUAGCAGAGGAGAAGAAAGGGGAAGAUAAAAAGCCCAAAAAGGUUCAAUGUAACACAGAGGUAGUUCAGCUGCAUUGUGACGGAUCUGCACGAAAAGUAAAGCAAUUUCUUAUAAAGGAAUUGAAACGUAAAGUAGCUGUUGUUGCACCGAAGAAAGGUGAUGGAUCAGGUAGCGGGUGUGAUAACAAGAAGAACAAAGAAAUUGCUCGUGGUGGUGGUCGUGGUAGUGGUGGUGAUGGAAAAAAGAAAGACGGUGCAUCAUCGUCUAGAAUGGCAAGUAAAAGCACAGAACCAAAAGAGCAAAAGACAGAGGUGAUGAACAACAAAAAAGAAUGUGACUAUGGUGGUAACGGUUACAGUAAUCCAAAUAUGUACUACACAAUGCCGCCAUCAAUUUACAAUCAAAAUCAUGUGAAUCAAGAUUAUGGCGCGACAAUGCAGGAUCAUCAUGGUUAUUAUGGUCAUAGUACUGGCUAUAUGCCAGCACCACCAUACCUAACUGCAUCGCGCGAUCAUGGUUAUGGAUAUAGAACUGGAUAUAUGCCACCACCACCAUACCUAACUGCAUCGCGCGAUCAUGGUUAUGGAUAUAGAACUGGAUAUGUGUCACCACCACACUUUACUGCACCGCGUGAUCAUGAUCAUGAUCAUUCUGGGUAUGUACCACCACCAUACUCUGCACCUCAAUAUUUCAGCGAUGAAAAUCCUAAUGCUUGUUCCGUCAUGUGA